UUCUUAUCAAGACCAUGCCCAGUAGCCAAGACAAAAAGAAAAUAAAACUUUAGAAAAGUUGAUCAAGAUGACGGUGAAGUGAAGAAAAUGUAUUCAAUUUUAAUUUCACUAUUAAAUAAUGUGAAUACUAUAAUUAAAUUGACUUUGCUAGUGUGAUUUAGAAAUAAUUCAAACUUAAAAUAUAAGAAGACGCAAAUAACAAAAGAAAUACGACAUUCAGAAGGAACACACAACAAGAACACAGAAAUAAAUGUCAAUUUUCUGCUAAGACAACUUAGCUCUACGUUGUAUUUCCAAUAAGAAAAGGACAACUUUAAUAAGAAAAAAACAUUAAUGGUGCAAAAUAAAUAAAUAGGCAAUAAUAAACCAAUUGCCAUCUAGAGAAACAAAAAUACCAGUGGGAUCUAUAAUAUUAUUACACCUACAUAAACAAAGAAAAAUUAACAAUAAUAAUUCUCAACAAGUCAUCACAAACGAACAGAUGCAAUUUCAUAAGAUUGGUAGCAGGCAGCGGUGAUAAAAGAAAUUAUUCCACUUGGCUUCUUGCAAUAAGACGAAAUAAAAACAUAUGAAUACAACCAGCAAGUGAGAACAACAAACACUGAAAGCUGCUGCGAAUUGUCUACUGCUGUUGGUUGUUCUUCCGUGACAAAGAAAGGGUCGUCAAGGGGUUAUUCAAUUAUUGCCGGUGUGCGGUCCUAGGCUAAUUUUGACUAAAUUUCUUAUCCUAAUUAGCAUCGCGACAAUGAUGAUCAACAUUAAAUUAUUCACUUAUAUUCCUUCUUUUGUCUGUUGAGUCUUCUAUUGAAACUUAUUCUAAUGCUGAGUUCAAAUAAAGUGACAAUCAAAUGGAAUAAUGAAUCUUGGAUUAAAGAUCCAUCCAUGAAUUAUCUGGGAUUUCAUCAUAGUUGUGAGAUGAAACGAAGACAUAAUGUAUACUAACUCUUGUUGGUUGGAGGUCUAAACAAGGAGUUUAUUAACAAUACAAUCAUAAAAUGGGAAAUUGUUUGAAAAUCUCGAAUGCCGACGAUAUAUCUUUGCUGCGAGGCAGUGAUAAUGGAAGCGGACGUGAUUCCUCAUCUGAUCAAAUUGGACCAUUGCCGAUAUAUUCUGAAAUUCUUCAACCAGUUUUCUACCCAUCACCAUCAGUUAGUCGACCAGUUUCACAUCUCACUGAAGAAGAACAAAUUAAAAUCGCCAAACGAAUUGGCUUAAUACAACACCUUCCAAUCGGUUCAUACGAUGGAUGUAAAAAAUCCCGCGAAUGUGUUAUUUGUAUGAUUGAGUUUUGUGUUGGCGAAUCGGUUAGAUAUUUACCGUGUAUGCAUAUAUAUCAUGUUAGUUGUAUUGAUGACUGGCUUAUGCGCAGUUUAACAUGUCCAAGUUGUAUGGAACCAGUAGAUGCGGCUUUGUUAACAAGCUACGAAGCAACAUAAUAUAUUUCUAUAAUUUUUGUUUCUAAUAUUAUUUUAUGGGUCUUAUAUAUAUAUACAUACAUAUAUACUACAUAUAAUAUAUAUAUAUAUGUAAAACUA